CUAUGAUCCCCACUUCUUAGUUGCUUCCGCGUCAGGCGGAAGUGGGCGUGACGCGCAGGCGCAGUAACGAGAACCGCGCUCGCCGCCGACUGACAGGAGCCGGUUUUCCGGCUCUCCCGCGACGAUGUCUCGCAAACAAGCGGCGAAGGCCCGGCCGGGGAAGGCAGAGACGGAGCGGAAACGGGACGAGCGAGCGGCUCGGAGGGCGCUGGCGCGCGAAAGGCGGAACCGACCCCAGGCUGAGGGCGAGGGAGGCCUGGCCGGGCAGCUGCAGGCGCUCGGGCUGCGACUCAGGGAGGUGCCGGGCGACGGGAAUUGCUUGUUCCGGGCUCUUGGAGACCAGCUUGAAGGUCACUCCCGAGACCACCUCAAACACCGCCAGGAAACUGUGGACUAUAUGAUAAAGCAACGGGAGGACUUUGAGCCUUUUGUGGAGGAUGAUGUUCCUUUUGAGAAGCAUGUUUCCAAUUUGGCACAGCCUGGAACUUUUGCUGGCAACGAUGCCAUUGUAGCCUUUGCGAAGAACAAUCAAGUCAAUGUUGUCAUCCACCAGCUCAAUGCCCCUCUGUGGCAGAUUCGUGGAACAGACAAAAGCAAUGCUCGAGAGCUGCACAUUGCAUAUCGAUAUGGAGAGCACUAUGACAGCGUCCGGAAGAUUAAUGACAACUCUGAGGCUCCUGCCCGGUUGCAGACGGAGAUGUUGUGCAGAAACGAAUGUAAUAAAAAAGAGAAGCAGGAAGCAGAAUCAGAAGAGGAAGUCCAAGACGAAAUUGAGGAUGCUGUCCAGAAAGUGAGGAAUGCAACCGGCUGCCUGGAUGCUGAAUUAAUCAUCCGGAUCCUUGAAACGGAGGACUACAAUAUCGACUCUGCAAUAUUUGUUGUGUGUCAGAUAAAUGAAGUGAAAAGGCUCCAUGCUGAGAAAGCCCAAGAAGCCCAGGAAACAAACCGACUGAAACUGCAUCCCAGGCCAGCCCUGUGGGAAGAAAAUGGAAGUGGCAGUAGGAUUUUUGGGAGCCAGGAAAUAGAAAACAACAAGCUCCAAAUGAGCUCGCUGGAAGCAAACCAAGCCAGUAAAAAGCAGGCACCAAAGGUGUCCAACAGGCAGGAGAAGAAGCAACAGCGGCUGGAGAAGAAGCGAAGGCAGGAAGACAGACACCGGCAGAAAGUCCUAGGAGGCAAGAGCAACCUCUCAGACAAUAAUAAAAACGCCAUGGAGUCUGAGUCGCAGGUCACCCUGGUGAAGACCAUUGCAGCUCUCAACAUCUGACUUAAUGGUGUUUCCCUAUUUCUGAUGUGCGUGGGGAAAUGAAACUCUGGCCGCUGAACUUUGCAUCCCAAAAGUACCUUCUUCAGAGCAAACACUUCACCCCUGUCUGUCUUUGUGAACAGGGGUGUCUGCUAUGCUGUUUAACUGACAGUUAAACAAUUCUUCAGUUGUGCACAAGAACACUGGUGUGGGAUGGCUGAGCAGUUCCUGUGCUGGAGCCUGGACAACAGAGGCCUUAGGGGUGGAAUCCCCAAUCAUGGAUCCUCUCGCUGCAGAGCUCAUGGAAUUUGCUCCCGAAUCUUCCAUGGCCACUUCCCAAUUUAUCUUAUUUUCAGUGACCCCCGCCUGCAGGAGGGUUAAAGGGUUUCUUUGCUCAGGAACACAUCUUCUUUUUGGCAAAGUCAGCAGGGAAAAAAGAAAACUGCUUCUGACUUACAUCCCAAAGUGAAAACUUAUCUACCAAAGUUGGUACUGACCCUGUUAGAUUGUUGCUUCCCCCCCCCCCCCAAUCCCAAUCCCCAUGGCAAUAUUGUUAAAUUCUAGACAAUGAUCAAUCGUGCACUUUAGCCUACGGAAAUGAUGGUGGCUUGUGUCUGGGUGUGUGUGUGGUGGGUUGUGGGUUGUGUGCAUAGUAACAAAUUCUAUACAGACAGGCCGAUAGUGUAGAGAAACUUUCCCUAUCUGCGGCAGGGUUUGUUUGAUCAAUUACUCACUUGCACCCCUAGCAGGAAUAGGCCACAAUUGUGUCACAGCACUGGUUGGGUAGCUGUCCACCAUUACAGACUUGUAGGGGAAGGGCCAGAUCUCAUCUUGUGCCUGCCCUUAUGGGAUUCUUAGUCCUGCCCCACUUAUGCAGGGAGAUGGGCUCCUCCUGUGGGGGUGGGCAAAUCAGAGUAUGAAGUGGCUGAGCAGCGCUACCUAAGUUGGAUUUCAACUGUGGCCACUUCACUGACAAUGGGGAGGAAAUGGACAAACCCCAUCCUUGCCAGCUUACUAUGGUAGUAUGUGAUGCAAACAAGGCUGACCCAAAGUGUACUUUCAUCUUGAACAUUGGCAGCUUUGUUUCCUUGUGAAUGUCAUGGCCUUCAUCCAAAGACACUUGGUACUCAAAGAAUUGCUUCUUUAUCAUGUUAAAUUUAUAGACCCAAGAAAUUAUACUGGCAAACUUCCAAGGGACACUUGUUCCUUAAUUUUGUUUGCUAAAAAAACGUUUUCCUCCCUAGAGAGUUCUAUUAUAGUUUUUUUGGGGGGGUUUAAAGGCUAAUUCAGCAGAUAUUGCAGCGAAGGGGAAGUUACCCCCUGCCCGCAAUCCCACCAGCAGCUUUUGGAUUCCAAUCCUUGUCAUCUCUGACCAGUUCCUAGGCUGACUGGAGUGGAACAGGGUUUGUGUGAUUUCAAUAUGUAUACUCUGCAGUUGCCAUAAAGAGUGGCUUUAGUGUGCCUCAAUGGGUUGUUUAGGAAGGCAAAAUUUGGAUGGAAGCAACUUUUUUAUCCUAGUGCUGCAAACAGUUGGAAAAUGUGACACUUGCCUGAUGGUGGUUUGGAAACAGGAUUCUGGUGCUUGUGGUACUUAUAAGCCAAAGGGUGAAUUUAGGCAACUCAUACUAAAAAUGCCAUUCAACUAAAAAAGGGCAGAGGGAAAGCUUAGGACCGCUGGGAGUGGCAUGAUGUAAGCUGCUAGUGCAGCCUUGGCCACUUGGGAACUGUUAGUCCAAUAUACCUGGAGGGCAGCAAUUUGCCCAAGACAAAGGCAAGUGGUUGCCCCUGCCCUUAUAACGGAAGCUGUUGCCAGAACUGUCAAUCAUGCCUCUCACCAGGCUAUGCGGACAGUGCAGUUUGGUGAAGGUUCUCCUUACAGUUAGUUCUAUAGUGCCAACAAUCUGGACAGCUGUUCAGCAACCCCAAGAACUUUUCCUCUCGGUGACAUCAAGUAAUGACAGUCCUCUUCAUUCUGGAAAAGAGAGCCAUAGCAGAGAUCCAGGUUUAAGGUUGUAAAUAUGUUUGGUGGCUAAUGGAGGGGAUAAAAGUUCCGUAUCUUUGUGGUUAUCAAAAUAAAGUUGGCCUUGUUGACACUAUCAACCAGUUAAAACAGCCACCUUUCCCUUUCACUGGCCUGUGGUUCUUCCUGGCAGUGGCCCACAGCCAAAGAGCAGGUCCUGCGCUGGCAUUCAGGAUUGCACAAGCCACUGCUUUCCCCAGCAUGCACAAAUUGUAUGCCCACUGUAUUUUCACCCACUUUUGCUUCUGGCCCCCCGACCGCCAUUGGCACAAGAAACACUUGCCUCUGCAGGAAAGUUCAAGGGGCAAAAAAACAAAAAACUGAACUAAGGGAAAGCAGCACUAAAAACCAGCAAUAGAAGCAGUUAAAGCACCAUAGGCAGGAAUAAGAAUCAAGAGUUUUAUGUGGUGCAGAAAAGCAGACGGCUGCUGAGUGGUCUGGGAAGAAUUUUCCAUGCAGAGGCUUAACAUUGUCAAAGCCCUAAUACUCUCUUUGAUUGUAUUCUUAUUUCAUAUUACAUGUAUAUCUCCCCUUUCCUCCUAUAUGAUUAUGACCCACAUGAUUCCCCCUCCCUCACUUUAUUCUCAUGACACUCCUGUGGAGAGAGAGUGACCUGACCUGAGGUCAUUCAGGGAGUUUCACGGCUGAGUGAGGAUUGAACCCUGGUGUCCUGGUCUGGCACUCUAGCCACUAAACCACACACACACACACUUGCCACAUGUAGUGGAGUGAUUUGCCUCUGGGUAAUCCUGAAGAUAGCAGAGUGUGUGAUCCAUAUCUUGGAAGAACAGGGACAGCAAGGCCUUUGUGUUCCCCAAGCAAAAUGUGUUGGACACAUCAGGCAGUUUAGCAAAGCUUGCAGUAUAAUUUGAGAUUUAUCAAAUUCCAAUGCCAACCCAAAUGCAAGAAUUUACAAACGAUAUGUCCUUUUGAAGGACGAGCAAAAUAUCAUAGCUUCUUGAGAGUAAAUUUGGGAUCUGUUUACAAAAUCAUAAGACAAGAUCAACAUUGCACUGAACUAACCUUGCCUGCAAACAUCUGAUGAACUCAGUCAAAUGGAGCAAACAUUUCAGGGCUCUAGAAAUAAUAUUCACUGCCUACAGUUUGGCGCAUAUCUUUCCUCCUGGGGGCAGAUCCUUUAUUUAACCUGUUUGGGCUUGAUAAAUAUUUGGUCUUAACAUUUGCUGAGCUUUUGAGGCAGGGCAGUAAAUCCCACGAGUAUUCAUGCUGCUUAAUGCCCACUUUGGGAUCACAGAUCUCCACUUGUCAGUAGUGCCUGCUCUUCAUCUGCUUGCACUGGAGUCUCUAGCUGGAUACUUUUUGGUUCUCAUGGGAACUGCUUGGCUACUGUCCAUUCCUUCACGGGUUACAUGUGACAAACAGUGGUAAAACUGCCUUCACCUGUGGAGGCAGAGUACAGUAUAGUCCAGGCAUCCCCAAACUGCGGCCCUCCAGAUGUUUUGGCCUACAACUCCCAUGAUCCCUAGCUAACAAGACCAGUGGUCAGGGAUGAUGGGAAUUGUAGUCCAAAACAUCUGGAGGGCCGAAGUUUGGGGAUGCCUGGUAUAGUCAUUGUGGCUAGUAGCCCUAAAGCCCUACCUUGCUCUUCAUUGUGCUGAACCUCUUCUCUACUUGCUCUUUUCUUUUUGAUUAAUGUGGGGAGCAUUCAAAAAUGGUACCUCCCAACUGCAAUUCAAAGUAGUGUAGCUCAGUCCUCCAAACCUCAUUCUUCUGUAUGUGUCAGACGAGCUGAGAUUCCAUUGCAGCUUUGUUCACCCCCCAAAUACUCUGUUGCAGUUUGGGAAAUAAUGGAGGAGACCAUGAAUUCCAUGUUCCUUGUUUUUAUUUACUCAUGUCUGCAGCUUCUCAACUGCCCAUCAUCCAGAAUAGAUCUCAGGAUGGCUUACAAAGCAUUUCUAAGAAGAAACAAUUCACCAUUAAGUCACUUGAAAAAAACGAGUUUGGGGUUGAGGUCACAUCAUGUGGUAGGGUCAAUUCCAAGUCUGAGGGGGCCUCACUUGAGGUGGAGAAGCUGUCCUAGAAAUUUCCAACAAUGCCCUGGAGUGACACGACACUUAAGGGCAUUGUGGGAAAUAAAAAUGGCGAGUGCCUCCCAGACCAAGUUGCCAGGUGCUGGAGGCCCAGGAGAGGUAGGAGUGGUGCGGCCUGCCCAGUUGUUGAGGCCCCCACGGCAUCUCAAGUGUGUCAGGUGAUGACACUGGCACUGCAGGGUUGACUCCAAGAAAUGAUGGGUGAAAUAAACAUUGGGCAAGAGGAGCAAGAGGUUAUGUUUAACUGCAACACUUUCAGGAAGGCAGUUGAGAAAGCAGCCUUUCCAGGAUCCUAGCAAGGAGGCGUGGCGCCUCUACAUAGAAUGUUUAGGUAAAAGACAUAUUUGAUGUGAUAGGCGGCUUUUCGGAAACAGAAGCUGGCUACUUUAUCACACUCGCAGGUCAUCCUCUGGCACAUUGUCUUUCCACCUGGAAGACAAAAAAAGCCAAAAGUUGAGAUAGAUCCACACAUCCCAGGAGCAGGGCUUAUCCACUUGUCUCUUUGCAUCUCUUACCGUUUCCAGCUGCGCCCCCUUGGCCUUAACAAACCUUUCCCCAGAGAGCCAAGAGCUCAUUGCUGUUAGGAGUGAGCCAGCAGUAAAUAACACGCAGCAAAAAAAGUUAGAAAAUCAGGAUCUGCACAGGGAUGCCAGGCCUAACGAGCACAGCAGCAGGUCUCGCCCCCAUGAGGCGGUUGUGGAGAUUGAAAGUCCCUGCCAUCCACAACUGCCUAAGUCUCCUCCUCUCCAGGGUUUCCCCCCCAAGCAAUCUCAGUCUAUGCUGGCAUGCCUGCCUUUGCUCCUCCCAUUUUGUGCCUCUCCUAGUCCUGGGAGAUCAGUGGGGAGAGGAACUUGUCGCAGCAGCAGGAGGAAACACCUGUGCUUCUUCACCAACCUGUCUCCUCUCUGCCUCUUGGCCUCCCUCAUCCCCUUCUCCUGCUGCAGCUUUUAGCUCUGAUUCUGGACUGCUCUCUGCCACAGACUCCCCCUGCUCACUAAGGCCUGUUACCUCUUCAGUUUUUGACACUUCCUCUUCCCAGUCUUCUUCCGACUUCCUCUGACAACUCAUCAUCAUCCCACCACCAAUCCCCUGGCUCUGAGCUUUCUUCCCCUGGGGGUUCCCCAGCUGGUACCUCCCACCAUUCCUCUGCGUCCAGCUAGUCUGUGACAAUUGCACUUUAGACAUACCCAUGAUUUCUGCCCAUACUUGUAAAACACUGAAAAGCCCCCACAUCCUUAUUGACUUAGUGCAUGCAUGUUUGCUUUUUGUUUGCUUGCUUUAGUUACCUUAUUUAGUUAACUUCCUAAUUCUUUGCCACACCUUUCCUUGAAGUAGGGAGGUGGGGAACCCUUUUCAGCUCGGGAGUCAGCUUCCAACAGCCGGCAGAGAAGCCCACUGGGGAGUGAAUUGGUUUUCUCACCCAUCUCUAGCUCUCAUCCAAGUAUCUGCGGCCACCCCAAACAUACUCCCAUGUUCACACAUACCACACACGAUUCCGCUGUUCCCGACUAAGUAGGUAUAAAGCUCUAGUUUAGGAUGGCAACCCAGUUUUUCCAUCUUUCCAUAGCAACAAUCAUGGGUAUGGCAGCACCUGGAAGCAGCACAGAUCAAGUCGAUUACUUCAGGCAGAAAGGAAGACAAUUAAGAGAGAGAUUAGAUACAUUCUCUGUUAUUCACGUUGUAGGGGGUUUUGGGGGCUGGGAUCAGUCUGGUUGAUGCUCCCAUAAUCCAGACUGAUUUUCACAGAGGAUGUUGCAGGUGUGCCACUCAUCUUGCUUUUCAGGCCAAGAGAGCUGGCAUUUGUCCACAGACAGCUUUCUGGGUCAUGUGGCCAGCAUGACUAAACCACUACUGGUGACAGAAGCCAGAGCACACCAAAACGCAGCAAAACCUAUUUAUCUACCUGCAUGGGUGUGUUUUUGAACUGGCUAGGUUGGCAGAAGCUAGGGCAGAGCAACGGGAGCUCACCCCAUCGCACAGAUCAACAAGCCCAAGAGGCUCAGUGGUUUAGACCACAGCGCCACAUGCUCCAGCAAUUGGGAAACACUGGUCUGUGAGCGCUCCAGUUGGAGAACAGCCUUUACCAAAGGUGUCAUGGACUUUGAAGAUGCUCGAACUCAGGACUGCAACUAAGUGAUGGGGCUUUCCAUUCUUGCAAAGCAGUUUCCCCACAUAUGAUGCAUU